AAAAUAUAGAAAGAGAAGCAAAAAAUGAGUUCGAGUAUUGUUUAUGGAGACGGGCUGGAUGAUGUCAAGGACUGUAUGCUUGGAGUGGUCACUAGACGGGAUAGAGGAGAAGGGUGCUCUUGUAACCGUCCCGUUAUCCUUGGUUCCAUCCUUAUCAUCUGGUUGUUCUCCGUCUCUGUUGCUCUUAUUGUGGUCGCUUCUAAGUAUCAAAAUCUUUCAGUUGUUUCUCUCUCUUCCCGUCUAGAUCAGGUGGAUAGAUUACAUCUAGAGAAACAUUCAAAUACAAACUCAAGAAUAGACACAGUCAGUUCACAACACAGGAUGGUGUGUAUCCGACUACAGCUGGAGAAGGAUAUCCCAUCAAUCCUGAACUGUCUGUGCAGCUUAGAAACUAUCAGGGGCGUACAUAGGGAUUUGUCCGCGGGAAGAGGGAUCAGCAUUAUUUUUUGUUGUUGAAUCUCUUUGCUUAGGAACAAUAGCCACGGAUUUUAAAAAGAAGAGCUUUAAGCUCAGAAUUUUUGAAUUAUUAGACAAAGUGAAAGAUAAAAUAUUUACAGAUUUAACAAAAGAACUUUUAUUAAUCAAGAUUCAAGAAACAUACUUAAACAAGCAAAUUUACAGUUUUUAGAUUUCAAGUUACUAGAAAGAUUUCUGAGCACAAAAAACUCCGAUUACGUUGUAAUCCGCUUGUUUCUAUAGUUUCAGUUUUCAAAAAUUACUAGGCAAGAUCCUGAAAAGAAUUCCUUAAUAUGCGCACAUUUUAGCCAGAUAAUUCAGCUUAUAACAGUUACAGCGUUUGUUUGUUUUACUUUUACAUUUUUCUGGAAGAC